AUUUUAAUAAAAUUUUUAAACUCUCUCUGUCAUUGAAAAUCUCACGUGCUCUGAGGCUUCAAUGAAUUUUCUAGAACGUCACGCAUGGGUGCCGAGUAUUUCAUCGAAAGAGUAGGGGAGAGUACAUUUGUGAAUCUGUUUAAACAAACGAUUUCAACCACAUGCUACAGUGUUACUAAUUUUUUUAUUCCUUUAAUACUUAAUAUGUACUACAGGUUAUUUAGAUUAGCUAUAUAACUACAGUACGUUUCUAUCUCAACUCUUCACACCCCCCUGAUUUGACUCCGCGUUGGGGCAUUCCACAUGACAUCUCGAGCUAAGCUAGCUUCGCUGCUCUCAUGCUGGAGCAUCACCUAGUACACAACAUUUGCCAUUUAGACUAGCAUAACGCCAUCAUUUUGCCAUCUUUUUGGUGCCAUUUGGGCGUUCCCAACCUCUCCUAAAUCGUCAAAAUGUGUGCGGCCAAGAAAGGAGACUUGGCCCCAAGUGAAAAGGAGCUGUUUGACGUUAUCACGACAGGAAAUGUCCAAGAGGCAUCCAGACUCCUAGGCUGCAAAGAUGUCAGAGUCAAUUGCCUGGAUGAGUACGGCAUGACGCCCCUGAUGCACGCCGCCUACAAGGGCAAAGCCGAGAUGUGCAAGCUCCUGUUGCGGCACGGCGCUGACGUCAACUGCAACGAACACGAGCACGGAUACACCGCACUCAUGUUCGCCGGACUCUCGGGGAAGACAGACAUCACUUGGAUGAUGUUAGAUGCUGGGGCUGAAACUGACGUCGUCAACUCCGUGGGCAGGACCGCAGGCCAAAUGGCCGCCUUUGUUGGGCAACACGACUGCGUGACGGUGAUCAACAACUUCUUCUCUCGUGCCCGACUGGACUACUACACUAAGCCUCAGGGUCUGGAGAAGGAACCCAAGCUUCCCCCCAAGUUGGCCGGACCCCUACACAAGAUCAUCAUGAGCACCAACCUCAAUCCUGUUAAGGUGGUGAUGCUGGUGAAGGAGAACCCGCUGCUGGCCUCGCCCGCGGCCCUGGACAAGUGCCGUCGCGUGAUGGAGCUCAUCUGCGAGAAGUGCAUGAAGCAGCGCGACAUGAACGAGGUGCUGGCCAUGAAGAUGCACUACAUCAGCUGUGUGCUGGCCAAGUGCGCCUCCUUCCUCAGCGAGCGUGACGAUCAGCUGGACGGACUCAUCAAAAGCCUGUUGAAGGGCCGAGACAGCGACGGCUUUCCAGUGUUCCAGGAGAAGUUCAUCCGCGAGUGCGUGCGCAAGUUCCCCUACAGCGAGGCCACGUUGCUGCAGCAGCUGGUCCGCAGCAUCGCUCCUGUCAGCAUCGGCAAUGACCCCACAGCGCUGUCUGUGCUGACUCAGGCCAUUACGGGUCAGGUCGGCUUCAUGGAUGCAGAGUUUUGCACUUCGUGUGGAGAAAAGGGAGCCCAGAAAAGAUGCUCCAUCUGUAAAAUGGUGAUCUACUGCGGCCAAGCGUGUCAGAAGUUGCAUUGGUUCACGCACAAGAAAGUCUGUAAGAAGCUUCAGGAGGAGCGAGAGCAGCGUCAGGCACAGAGCGACCAAGUCAAGGAGGACACUGAAGCACUUGAGGAGGCCUCAGAGUCCCUGAAGCAGCUAGAUGUGGACGCCGACGGGGAAACUGCCCCCGCGCAACAUUGAAGACAUCACAAGAUACAAAACACAACGUAUACACUCACUGAACACAACCAAGGCAAACCACGCUAGGCCUCCAGCGGACAUUUGAAGCUGCUGUGUCCUUUUUGUCUUAGGUGAAACUCAAAUUGUCUUGAGUGGAGGAAAGACAAAAAGUGACAAACUUGCAGUAUCACGACAGCCCCCAAAAAUGUACAUUUUGAAAUAUUUAUAACCAUAAAAUAUUGUACUGUACAUGCGUUUAUUGGCGUUUUGAGUUUUGUUUCAAUACAUGCACUUAAAGAAUAAAUAUCACUUUUUUUAAUUUUUA